GGUUUUCCCAAAAGAAAACCAGAAAAAAUGUUCGAUAUUAAGGCUUGGGCUGAAUACAUCGUGGAGUGGGCUGCAAAGGACCCAUAUGGCUUUCUUACUACAGUGAUCUUGGCCCUUACGCCACUGUUCGUAAUUAGUGCAGCACUUUCAUGGAAGCUGGCAAAAAUGAUUGAGGCCAGGGAGCGAGAGCAAAAGAAGAAACAGAAACGCCAAGAGAAUAUUGCAAAAGCCAAACGAACAAAGAAGGAUUAAAUGGGGAAAAACAGGCCUUCGUUGUGCAGAGAAUCCACUUUUUAAAUGUAUACUUGUACAUUUUGCGUUGUAACUGUCCUUUGAUACUUGAUCCUGUUAUUUCUUGAAGUAUGAAAUUUAAUCCCUUUAGUGUAUUUUUUUUCUGAUGAGAUGGUUUGUGUUAAAAUUUGCCCAAGUGACACAUUACAGUAAUUUAAUCUACUACUUUGUUCUGGUGCGGGUUGCUUUUCCAAAUUUGCAUGU